CAUAUAAGUUCUACCGUUCGAAGCAGUUCCGCUCAUAAUUGAUUUCAAUUUGUUCGGAACGUUUGAAUGGUGAAGUCCAUAAUGGUGAGAAGUUCUGUGUUUCUGUUGAUCGGAUUAGUGGUUUUCUGCGGACAGUCGAAUGGACUUCCUUAUGAUCAAGAUGGGACAACAGAUCCUGUUUAUGGCGAUAGUACAGAGGCAAGUAUUCAGAAGCCAAUAGAUUGUGUCAAAGAUAAUGAAAACGAGAAUAAGGAGGUACUUUUGAAAUUGGACCGGCUAGAGAGCAAAUUUAUGCAGUUAGAGAACAUGAUGAGAAAAAUAAUUGAAACUUCAGACGCAAAUAGUGAGAAAACCAGUUUAGAAUCACUUAGCUCUAAAAUAUUGAUGCUGGAAAACAAACUUCUUCAUCAGGGCAAUGAAAUGAAGAAGGUAACAGAAACAAGAGCCAUGAGGAGCAUUGAUAGUGACGACAUUGAGCAAGGCACACUCCUUUCAAAAAUUGACGUCCUGGAAAACAGAUUGUCCCAACAGAAUGACGACAUGAAGAAAACGAUGGAAGUCAGUCUCCAGCAACUAGAAGAAAAUGUGAAGAAGGUCAUAGAAGUAACGAUUCCGGGCCCCAUUACCAACAAAACAAUCAACCUUGCCAAUCGAUCCCCCGCUGACUCAUUCGGAUUAGAAAUGCUGCGCUUGAAAAUUGAUUUCCAGGAGGUUAAACUUUUGCAACUAGCAACCGAAAUUAAAGAGAACAACGAAAAAAUCUCAAAAAGUUUAGACAAGCUUGAAAAAAUGUACGGAAGUGUUUCGGAUGCUGUGGCGUUGUUGGAGCUGAACGUAGUGCAUGGUUUGUUCUAUAAGUUGAACCAAACAUGGGAUUUAUUGCAGCAGCACGAACUUUAUUAUAACGGAAGCUUCCACCAAGUUCUUACAGAUUUGAACGCAAUUACGAAAACCAACAGCGAAAAUUAUAAGAAAAAUGAGCAAAUCAUUCUGAAGUUGGAUUCAAUCGAGACGCUUAAUCUGAAAGUUCCCGAACUAUUCAUAGAUUUCAAGCAGCUUAUCGGUCAAAAUUUGUCCCAAAUAAUCAGUCAAUCGACAUCGCUUUCGCAGCAAAAUGUCAGCUGCAUCAAACACAGCGAUUUAAAACAAACACUGUACGACCUGAUAAUUCUCAAGAACUCUGCCAAAUAUUUUCAAGUAGCCACCCUGCAUCAGUCCUGUAAAGAGAGUAAGCUGAACAAGAAAUCUGGAAAAUAUCUUCUGCAUCCGGUUGCUCAGCAGGACCCCUUCGAAGGAUACUGCGAGCAGGAUAAGUUCAACGGUGGGUGGUUGGUGAUCCAGCACCGAUUCAACGGAUCCGUGGACUUCUACCGCAAUUGGAGCGACUACAAAAAUGGCUUCGGAACCGUUGGUGGAGAGUUUUGGCUUGGACUUGAAACGGUGCACCGACUUACGAAGGGCAAGAACUUCACCUUGAUGAUAGAAAUGGAGGACUUCAGCGGGAAGUACGCCUACGCCAAGUACGACAGAUUCGAAGUUGGAAGUGAAGAUGAGUGGUAUUCGCUGAAACGUUUGGGUGCCUAUAGUGGGACGGCGGGUGACGGUUUGGUGUACAGCGCAGGUGCGAAUUUUACAACGUGGGAUUCCGACCAUGAUCAGUCUUCGGAGAAUUGCGCGGUGCAAAGAUACGGGGCAUGGUGGUACAAAAGUUGCACGUUCAGCAACCUGAACGGGAAAUAUCAGAAGAUGCCACAUCAUCAAUCGCUUUGUUGGUAUUACUAUAAUAACUCGGACGAAGGACUCAAGGUUUCCAGAAUGAUGAUUCGGGAAGUGUGAAGUUUGGAUAUAUUUUAAAAUUUUAAAUGUCAUAAAAAAGUUAGAAGAACAUAACACUCUGGCUGAGUUAACGAGUAAAGACGAGGAGAUCGGGGAGUAGUGGUUGCAACGACUAGAUCUAAUAAAAUCGACCCUCCGUUCCCAAGCAAUAGAAAGAAUGUCAUCUUCUGACACCAGUAGAUAAAAUUCACCCGUUUCACAGUGUGCUUGUUAGAGGUUACUCUUUGUUUAUUUAUUUACUGGAUUGACUGAGAUUUUAGGAUUCUGCUUCUUGGGAAGUGUACUUGUGGAAAGAUUUUCACAUUCUCUGUUGUAGUUGUAGUCUUUCUAGCAGAUCUUGCAUACACGAUACAACGGGACUGGUGAAAGUCUAUUUUUGUUCUGAAUUGGAUAUUGCAGGAUUUGCUUUCUAGGUUCAUCACACAAUCACACACAUGAUCAGGGGUGUUGUGCAGCGUUUGCGUUUAUCAAUUUUUAGUUUUGUUUUAUUCCUUCGGGUAGCACUACUGCAACAGUAAUUUUUGUAAUACAUAUCUGAUUGGUUGGUUGGUUGUAAUACAUAUCUGGUUCAGUGUCACAUUUUUGCUUAUUUUGUAUCAAUAUCUCAGUAAAGGAGUAGAUAAACGUAAAAUGUUUAAUGUUGCUAUACAUCCUGUUUUAGUUUUGAAAUAAGGGUAUUUUUUUUGUUCGGAAUAUACAUAGUGUUUAGAAUUUGUGUA